AUGGCUGCGCAGAUGGCGGUAAAUUCGGGAGCCAGUCUGUGGGGGCCGCUGAAGGAGCUCUGGGAGACGGUGGAGGGUGCCGUGUUGAGGAGGCAGCCCGAGAGCGUCCACCUCCUCGACCUGCAGCUGAAGAAACACAAGCCGCACUUUGUCUCGCUCUUCAAGAACCCUGCAAAAAGUGCAGAGCAGAGGGAGAAGGUGCGUAAAGCCAGCACAGAGGGCAUCGCCAUCCAAGGCCAACAGGGGUCUCGGCUCCUUCCUGAGCAGCUCCUCACAGAAGCCUUCAUCCUCAGUGAUUUGUUUGAUAUUGGAGAGUUGGCUGCCUUGGAGCUACUAUUGGCAGGCGAGCACCAGCAGCCACAUUUCCCAGGUUUGACGCGAGGGCUAGUGGCCGUGUUGCUCUAUUGGGAUGGGAAGUUCUGCGUGGCCAACUCCCUGCGCUCCCUCAUCCAGUCACGCCAAGGAAAGACUUUCACCCUCGAACUCAGUGGAGAGCUGGUGGCUCUGACGACGCGUUUUACAGAUGAGCUGAUGAGCCAGGGGCUAACUAAACGUAUCCUGAGCCUGGUGUCGGAGAUCAACGUGACCCGAGAGUUCGAGCGGCUUCAGAAAGAGCGCGGCCUGGGCAAUGAGAAGCACAGGAAGGAGGUGUCAGACCUCAUCAAAGAAUGCAGACAGGCGCUGGCAGACAGCCUUUUUUCAUGGACCUGCCAGUCAUCUUUGACCAAAGACGAUACUCUGGCUCUCAUUGGUCACCUGGAGACUAUGACAGCCGAAGCUGACGGCUCAUUGGACAGUGUGAACCUGGCUCUGGUCAUGGCUCUGCUCUACUGCUUGGAUGUGAGCUUCCUAGAGCAAGGGACGGAAGAUCGAGAAGACCUGCUCCAGGCCCUGCCGUUGCUGACAGAGAGGCAGUAUGUGUCUGCAGUGCACAGUCGUCUGAUGGACAGCCAGCCCUGGAAGCUCCCCGGCCUGCAGGCUGUGUGCCGGCUGGCCUGGGCCCUGGCUCUUAGGGCCCUGUCCCAGCUGCCACAGGGCUCCGCCCUGGUUGAGUUCACUGAGGCAGACGAGGCGCUGGCGGACCAAGCCCUCCUGGGUGACGUCUUCCUCUUCAUGAAGGAAGGCAUGCUGGGAUGUGAGAGCUGCGGCCAGGAAGAGUUCUACAUCCGUCGCAUCCAUUCGCUCAUCACAGACUUCUUGGCUCUCAUGCCAGUAAAGGUGAAGCAGCUGCGGAACCGCGCUGAUGAAGACGCUCGUUUGGUGCACAUGUCCCUGCAGAUGGGCAGUGAGCCGCCAUCAUCAUUACGCAAAGAUUUAGACCACCUCAUGGUCCUGAUAGGAGAGUUUUACAGCAAGGACAUAUUUGGCCUGGAGCUGGGUCUGGAGUUCUGGUGUCCCACAGAGUCUCUCCAGCACACCUCGCUGCAGGGAUCCUACCUGGGCAUGGCCCUGCAGAGACCUCCACACAAACAGGUGGUUCUGUCUAAGUUUGUGCGUCAGAUGGGAGACCUUCUGCCCUCCACCCUCUACAUCUCCUAUCUGCGUAUGCUGAAAGGCCUUGCCAAUGGUCCCCAGUGUGCCCACUACUGCUUCAGCCUGCUAAAAACCAACGGAGCUCCACAUGGUGAUAAUAUCCAGGGAGUGGCAGGCAGCCCCGUGUCCUGGGAGCACUUCUUUCACUCUCUCAUGUUGUACCACGAGAACCUGCGCAGAGAUCUUCCCAAUCCAGACACAUCGCACUACCGCCACCCACCACUGAGGGGCAUCACCCAGAGGGAGCUGGAGGGACUGACUGCCUUUCUGCAGCUGCUCACCACCAUUGUUACCUGGAGUGAAAAUGCUCGACUAGCGUUGUGUGAGCACCCCCAGUGGACCCCUGUGGUGGUUAUGCUGGGUUUGCUACAGUGCAGCGUUCCCCCCGUCCUCAAGGGUGAGCUGCUCCACUGCCUGGCCGCCUUUGGGAAGUCACCAGAGAUAGCUGCUUCACUCUGGCAGUCGCUGGAGUACACUCAGAUCCUCCAGACAGUGCGAGCCCCGGGACAGAGACAAGCUGCUGGAAUUGAGGUGGAGCUGAAUGAGAUCGAGUCGAGCUGUGAGGAAUACCCCCUGACACGAGCCUUCUGUCAGCUGAUGAGUACUUUGGUUGAGGGCAGCCUGCCGGUCAACCUGGGGGCGGGGCUGCGUGUGCCAGGGUUCGAGCCCUAUCUGACCUUCCUGCGGGACGCUGUGUUCCUCCCCUUCCCCACCAGAGCAUAUCGCCGCCCAGCUGAGAAGUGGGAGGUAGCUGACGCUGUGCUGGAGGUUUUCCACAAGCUGCUGCGGGACUACGAGCCACAGCCGUCUGACUUUGUCCAGGAGAUGGUGGAGCUACAGGGGGAGCAGGUCCCGGCCCACAAGCCCCCCGGUCACAGCAUCAUGUUCCACCUCCUCAACGACUCGCCCAUGCUGGCGCUGUGUCUAAGCCUGCUGGAGGAGGGCGUGCGCCAGCUGGACACCUACGCACCUUUCCCUGGAAAGAAGCAGCUGGAGUCGGCGGUGUUGCACUGCCUGUGUCUUCUGGACUUGGCCCUGCAGAAGGAGGUGAUGUUCAUGGACCUGCUGAGGGAGAGCCAGGCCUCCCUGCUGGUCUCUCCCCUGGAGCAGCUCCUGCAGGGGGUCAGUCCUCAGACACGCAGAGCCGAUCACAUCGUCAAUAUUGCCAGGUAUCUGUAUCAUAGCAGCUCCAAUCCAGAGGCAGCUUUCCAGAGCGCCAAGAUCCUACGUCAUAUCGCCCGCUACCCCAACAUUCAGAUGAGGCUGGUAGGAGAUUUCACACACGAUCAGGCUGUGAGUGAGAAGCUGAUGGCAGGUUUUGUGGAGUGUCUGGACAACGACGAGGCAGAGGAGGGCAUAGAAAAGGGUGAUGACUCAGACGCACUGAAGAAGAUUGCCAGGAUCCAACAUGAAACCCAGAUCCAUAUUCUGAACUUGCUGAUCACCUCCUUGGAGCUGAAGACCCCAAACCUGGCCCUCUACCUUCUGGGCUACGAGGUCAAGAAGCCGGUUUCCUCCACCAACCUCCAGGAUCCAGGUGUCCUGGGAUGUCCUCGGAGCUGUCUGCAUGCCAUCUUGAGCCUGCUGCAGAGAGGCAGCGAGAAGAGAUCAGGGCCUCUGCUGAGUCGGCAGGCCCCACACCUGGCCGAGCUCUGCUACCAGGUGAUCUACCAGCUGUGUGCCUGCGCCGACACGUCCGGUCCCACCAUGCGCUACCUGAGGACCAGCCAGGACUUCCUGUUCUCUCACCUGCAGCACCUGCCCUUCAUCCUGCCCAGUAACCAGAUCGCUGCCCUCUCCCAGAUGUCUUGGCUCAUGAAGACGGCAGCCAUUGAGCUGCGAGUGACUUCGCUGAACCGCCAGCGCUCACACACACAGCGCCUCGUCAACCUCCUGCUGGACGACCAGCCACACACUCAGCAUGCAGCUGAUGGAGAGUCAGGAAUGGAGGAACAGACCAGAUCAGUUAGUGGCUUCCUGCAUUUUGACACAGUCUCUAAAGUGCGCAGGAAGCUGCUGAGUGUGCUGGACGCCAUUGAUUUCAGCCAGGACGUGCCCGAGCUGCUGCAGCUGGACUUCUUUGAGCGCACUCAGAUAGAGCAAGUGAUCUCCAACUGUGAGCAUGUCAACGAGCAAGGACACACUGUGUGCAACGUCAAGCUUCUGCACAGAGUGCUGGUUGCCGAGGUAAAUGCCCUGCAAGGAAUGGCGGCUAUUGGACAGAGACCCCUGUUAAUGGAGGAGGUGAACUCCAUCCUGCAGCAGGUGGUGGAGAGGAACCGCGUCCGUCGGAGCCUGAGUGCCAAGCGCCACGCCCUGCAGUCCUGGAGGAGCCUGGUGGAGACGCUGCUGACCGCCUGCCCUGCCGACCUCAUCCCUGCUGACGACAGGCAGCUCAUCAUCAGAGACCUGCUGCUCGACCUGCAUGACAAGGUGUUAUCUGAGGACGCAGCAGGAGAGCUGAUGCCCAUUGUUGCCGGGGCAGUCUUCACGCUGACAGCCCACCUCAGCCAGUCCGUCCUGUCUGAGCAGCAGCAGGGGGCGGGGCUUGAAGGAGCGGCGUCCUCUGGCUUCGCCUCCAUUGCCAACUCCGCCCUGCACCUGAUCCUCCGCAAGCUGCUGGACUUCAUCCUCUGUACUGGAGGUGGAUUCCAGCGUCUUCGUGCUCACCUGUACGGCUCCCUGCUUUACUACCUGCAAAUCGCCCAGAAGCCUGAAGAACCAGACACUCUGCAGACAGGGAAGUCCAUGUGGGAGCGCCUGACGGCUCCUGAAGACGGUUUCUCCAAACUGCAGAGAGAGAACCUGGCGAUCAUUGAGAGCUACGGCACGGCUCUCAUGGAGGUGGUGUGCAGAGACGCCUGCGAUGGCCAUGAAAUUGGCAGGAUGCUGGCGCUGGCGGUGCUGGACCGGAUCCUGUCCAUCGACCGUCAGAACCAGUGGCUGGUGUAUCUGUGCAACAGCGGCUACCUGCGGGUGCUGGUGGAGAGUCUGAGGCAGGACGACGCCACCCUGCAGGGCCUGCUCACACCACAGCCGCCCCUCCUCAAACCGCUCUACAUCUACGAGAGCAAAAUGGCCCUGCUGACUCGCGUGGCGAAGACGGGUCAGGGGGCCGUGGAGCUGCUGCGCUGUGGGCUGGUGUCCCAGCUGAUGGAGUGCCAGGUGUUUGACAUGAUUCCUGACAGCGAUGCACACAGGGUGAUGAGGGACCAAUCAGGCUUCAUCCCCAGCCCUCUGGACCGCUACCGGCAGAUCCUUCUGCCAACCCUCAGGCUCUUCCAGGUGAUCCUGACCUCCACCACCACAAACCACCAGCAGGGGGCAGCACAGGUUCUCCAGUGGCUGAUUGUCCAUGCUGACACCAUCCAGUCCCUGCUGCGCUGUCAGGAGCUCAGUAUGAGAGCCCUGCAGGAGCUCUCUCUGCUCACUGGCAUUAUCAGCAAGACGGCUCUGCCAGGAGUCCUUGAGAUGGGAGGCGAAGUCAACGGCGCCGCUCUGCUGGAGUUCCAGGGUCACAUCAACAGAUUCCAGCGACUGUGUCUGUCCCUGCUUGGCCGUCUGGCGGGGAGUGAGAGGGAGAGGCUGCUGAAGCAGGCGGAGAUGGCCGCGCCCGGAGAGUCCGCAGAGCGACGAGAGGAGAUGGAGGUGGCCAUGCAACAGGUGUGUGCCAACAUCAUGGAGUACUGCCAGACGCUGCUGCUGCAGAGCUCAGCUCAGGCCCAGUUCAGCAUCUGCCUCUUCGGCCCGUCUGGCGGCGAACCAGCUGGCAGGGAUGCAGGACGAGCAGACCUGUCAUCCACCCUGCCAUCGGUGGCGUACUCCCGCGCUCCCAGCCUGGGCCUCGUCCUCUACCUGCUGAAGAACAGCGCUGCAGAUUUCUUCCGAUUCCACCAGAGUCACAGACAGAGCCUGGGCAAGCUGCAGAGCCUGGAGCAGCUGCCUCCUGAGGAGCUCAAAGAGUUGUGCCAGGGUCUGGUGUCAGGCCCAGGAGGGGUGGAGAAAAUCUCGUCAGUCCAGAGGAGCCUGCUGGCCAAGCGACGACUGGUCCAGCUCAUCAACAACAGAGCCAAGCUGCUGGCCCUCUGCUCCUAUGUAAUAGAAACCUGUUUAUUUGUGUUGUGGCGCCACCUGGAGUACUACCUGUUGUACUGUACUCCCACUGACCCCAAGGACUCCCUGUUGCCUGGAGUCAGCGCAUACAGAUCACGCCUUGGAGACGACUCAUUUGGUGGACUGCGGGCAGGCGGAGGCCGUGGCCUGGGUUUGUCUCGAGUCAGCCAGCAAGACCUAGACCAGCUGCAGACCGAGAUGGCCACAGGUUUCGGGGAGGCCCUGCAGAGGAAGCUACUGGAAGUGGAGGGGCUGUACAGCCAGGUCCGCUCCCGCUACACCUUCAUCCAGGCCUUGGUCCGCAGGAUCCGCGGCCUGCUCCGACAGCCCAAAAGCUGAGACAGCCGCACACAGAAAACACACACCAAGACUCUGAUCUCUCCCUUUCUUCUAAAACACAACAAAACCUCUUCCCAGAAUCUAGAGGAACAACACCAGCCAAGCAAAAUGAACAGAAGAAAACUAGUAUGAGGACUCUGUUUGUCUUCUAUGGAUUUCUUCACUCGGGACAGUCUCACUCCUUUAUACUCUCCCAUUCGAACAUUUGUAUAUUAUAAGUUCUUACGGCCACGACAACGUGCAGUGUGUUCUGAGCGACCAAUUCUGACAACUAGUGAGUGCCUGUCUAACCCGUGGGAAAAUGUAACUUAAAGAAUGCACUCGUUAAGUUUUUAUUGGUAAUCAUUCGGUCAUUUGAUUAUUAUUGACUGGGUUUGCUUUCUUUUUGUGAUUUUGUUUUUUUUUGUAUUGUGAAAAUAAAAACAGUUUUCUAAAUCAAUUACAUACUGGCUCACAGAGUACAACAAACUGCCUCCAGUAUGCAGUCUCGUGGGGAAAAUGAAAGAUUUGGAGGUGGAAUAAUGAAAAAAAAUCACUUUCAUACUCUAUCAUGCACACAUGCAAACUGAUGAGCAUUUAAGCCUCAGUAUCAGCUGCUGUAGAGAUGAACUAUUCUCCAAUAACUCACACAGUGGGGACACAAACUUAAUUUUUGGUAGGCAAUGAUAAAAUACAUUUCCCGAGUCUAAUUGUACUUUUUGCAUUUGUUAAAAGUGGUAUGAUUUUUGAACUGCAAACUGCAGUUUCAAAAUGGCAGUAACAACUAGAUGUAUAGUGUUACUGGUAUUGCAGAAUAUGUCACUGAAUAUGCACGGUGUGUAUGAGCAAAAGGGGCUUUUUAAAGAUCACCAUU